AUGAAAGCUGAGGCCUGGGUGCUGGGCAUAGAGAAGUUAUUCGAAGUCUUUCCUUGCACCGAAGCUCAAAAGGUGCAACUAGCUGCCUUCACUCUUGAGGACGAGGCACGGAGGUGGUGGAUGCUUACGAGAACAAUCCAUCCAGGGUUAACAUGGGACAUAUUUCUGGAGUUGUUUUAUGAUAAAUACUUCCCUCAAAGCAUGCGAGAUAAAAAGGUGACUGAAUUUGAAACUCUCAGACAAGGGAACAAGACUGUUGCUGAAUAUGAGGCCCAAUUUGCAGAGCUAGCCCGGUUUGCACCGCACAUGGUGGACACGGACUAUAAGAAGGCACGAAAAUUUGAAGGGGGCUUACAGGGUGCUAUCCAAGACCGAGUUAAUAUGUUAAAGUUGCCUACUUAUGUAGAUGUGCUGGAGAGGGCUGUUAUAGCUGAGGAAAACCUUGCUGCUUAG